UCGAUAACUCUUGUGUUGUGUUUACCUGUGACGCAAUUUAAAUUUUUGAUUUUAAUUAAACAUGGUUACGCGGCAAUUGCAUUCCGCCGUAUUUGGCGCAUGCGGCCUUGAGGACGAGUCCCUUGUGGAGAUCUCCGGUCCGGCGGACAGCGGCAAGAGCCUGGUGCUCCAGCAAAUGGUGGCCCACUGUUUGGCGCCCUACGAAUUCGGUGGUCGCCAGUGGAGCGUCCUCCUGAUAAACCUCAGCCACAAGAUCAGCCGGGAAUCCCUGACCAGGAGUAUGACAACGGAGUUGAGAAGUUAUUCUGGAGGUGGGGCAGCGGAGGAGUCACCGCCGGAGGAGCAGCUGGCGGAGAUUGCCAGGGAAUGCGUGAGGCGUGUGCGAUUCCUCAACUGUUUCUCCACCGAGGAUCUGAAAACUGCCCUAAUCGAUGCCCGCUAUGCCAUCAUCAAUGAUCCUGCCGUGCAACUAAUCGCCCUGGACACACUCAGCGAAUUCUACUGGCUGGACUGGCCCAGGCGGACCAAGAACCUGUCCAGAUUCCGGCACUAUCGGAUGUGGCAGACGCGUCUGGAGAAGACCUGCAAGGAGGCCGUCGUCUGCGGAAUGUACACGGUGGACUCGGAUUUCCUGGACAACCGACACGGUGAACAUCUGCCGGAGGUUCAUCCAAACUACCAUGUCAGGAUGCAAAAGAUUCGGGGGCGAAAUACUCUAAAUGGAAGACCUCUAGCCUUCAAUAAUGGGGUCUAUUUGGAUAGCUAACAAUGAAUUAGUCACUGUCAUUAACCAUUAACUUAAGAUGUCCCUGCAAAAGCAACUCUUAGAUUAAAAAGCGACUUAGUAAACCCUUAAUUUGAUUGCCAGUUGUCUUUAGCAAUGGCGUUCAUCUGAAUACCAAGUACAAAAUUAGUCACUUCCCAAUGUAAAUAUACAUUAUUUUUAUACAUCGAAUUCUCAGGAACUGUUAAAUCGAGAAGAUCCGAAAGGAGACGAUUGUAUAUGUUCCUUAAGAGCACUAUCAAGUUAAAAAUAGAAGUACUUACAGAAAGACAGAGUUUUAUGAUCUAAACGGUUCAGUCCAGGAUAUGAGCGACUUUUUAAGCUAAACAAAUGGAACGUAAACCAUAAAACCACAAACGACCCAUUAAAUGUAGUUACACAGCCGAUUGUUGUUUAAAAUUGGAUUUAUUUAGAUAACUACCAAGUCAGAAAUCUAUACACGCAUUAUUAACUGUUUUAUGUAAAGGGAUCUCGGGAACCAUUAAAGCUAGAGAAGUGUGGGAUGACUUAUUCCAUUCAUUAAAUAAUAUUAUCUUGAUGAAAAAUGCUUAAAAGUCGCUUGAAAUGAUGUUGAAACCAACAUGGUUUGCCUUUUUUUUGGAAAAGAAUUGCAAACCCUACCAGAAUCGUACUUAUCAACUAAUGAUAUCUAAAAACUAUGCAUAAGUAAACUAGUUUGUUUAGCAGCAGUGUCAGUUUCAGUGUCAGUGUCCUUUUUACUUUAGCAUCUUAAGAAGCAAUAUGUCUUGCAAAAUGAAUACGGCUUUUGU